AUGGAUUCUCUUGUGGUCCUUGUGCUCUGUCUCUCCUGUUUGCUUCUCCUUUCACUCUGGAGACAGAGCUCUGGGAGAGGAAAACUCCCGCCUGGCCCCACUCCUCUCCCAGUGAUUGGAAAUAUCCUACAGAUAGAUAUUAAGGACGUCAGCAAAUCCUUAACCAAUCUCUCAAAAGUCUAUGGCCCUGUGUUCACUCUGUAUUUUGGCCUGGAACGCAUGGUGGUACUGCAUGGAUACGAAGCAGUGAAGGAAGCCCUGAUUGAUCUUGGAGAGGAGUUUUCUGGAAGGGGACAUAAUCCAUUGGCUGACAGAGCUAAUAGAGGAUUUGGAAUCGUUUUCAGCAAUGGAAAGAGAUGGAAGGAGAUCCGGCGUUUCUCCCUCAUGACACUGCGGAAUUUUGGGAUGGGGAAGAGGAGCAUUGAGGAUCGUGUUCAAGAGGAAGCCCGCUGCCUUGUGGAGGAGUUGAGAAAAACCAACGGCUCACCCUGUGAUCCCACUUUCAUCCUGGGCUGUGCUCCCUGCAAUGUGAUCUGCUCCAUUGUUUUCCAUAAACGUUUUGAUUAUAAAGAUCAGCAAUUUCUUAACUUGAUGGAAAAAUUGAAUGAAAACAUCAAGAUUGCGAGCAGCCCCUGGAUCCAGAUAUGCAAUAAUUUUCCUCUUUUCAUUGAUUAUUUCCCGGGACCCCAUAACAAAUUACUUAAAAACAUUGCUUUUGUGAAAAGUUAUGUUUUGGAGAAAGUAAAAGAACACCAAGAAUCAAUGGACAUGAGCAACCCUCGGGACUUUAUUGAUUGCUUCCUCAUCAAAAUGGAGAAGUUCGAGUAUCUUGGCGGUGAGGUACUCCAGGAUGGCUGCGCUGUACACAGCGGCAGUCGUGCCCACACGUCCAUGACUGGUCGUCCUAGAUUUCAGGUGUCGAUGAAUAAAGCCCACUGGGAACUGCAAGCCGGCUCUCUGCGAGCAGGGAACCGCCUUCGUCUUGGCCUUUCCGGAGUCCUUUCCAGCCUUUCGAAUUCUGCUGAAGCUGAAGCAAGCAACACAGAGAAAAGGCUAAUUGGACCCACGUUUCUGGAUGAAGGUGGCAAUUUUAAGAAAAGUAACUACUUCAUGCCUUUCUCAGCAGGAAAACGGAUUUGUGCGGGAGAAGCCCUGGCCCGCAUGGAGCUGUUUUUAUUCCUGACCUCCAUUUUACAGAACUUUAACCUGAAAUCUCUGGUUGACCCAAAGGACCUUGACACCACUCCAGUUGUCAAUGGAUUUGCCUCUGUGCCACCCUUCUACCAGCUGUGCUUCAUUCCUGUUUGA